CAUUCCAUAACAACAUGUUAAUCCUAUUGAAUGAAGGUAGGUAAUGUUGACUCGAGUGUUCGUCAAUUGAGUCUGCCGUUACUGACUCCCUCACCAUGUGUUUGGAUGUCACAGAGACCCCACAUCAAUUCAACGCCUUCUACGGUCUCCACUGACACGAAUCCUUCAAACACGAUGGGUCUGAGAAUCUUGAACGCCUACUCAAUAGCUCUUAUCCCCCAGAAUUUGUGUGUUCCAUACGACUCAGUGGAGAAGACUGUGAAUCGUACGAAUAGGAGCGACGAGUUGAGUAAUGGAGUUCGAGCACACAGUGGAGUGAAUGAAUCUGUGAGUGUUUCGAAUGGUGUUGGUGAGGUGAAGGGUUGUCGUGUUGGCGAUGUGGGAGUUGGUGAAUCGUGUGUUGGAGGAGUUGGUUCUGGCGUGAGUGAGACUAUUGAUUUGUCGUUGUCAAGUGAUGAUGAGAGUUGUGAGGAGAUGGAUGUGAAUGGAGUUGGUGAUGAUGGAGUGGGGAAUGUUGAUUCAAGUGACCGGUGUUAUAGAUGUGAUGUGGAUGAGAGAAGAAGACGUGAGUCGUUACUGUUUGAGAAGAAGAUGCGAUGUCUGGAUUUGGAGAUUGAAGCUGCGGAAAUGUGGCUUGAAAGUAUGAGAAUGAUGAAAGAAUAUUAUUGUAGGAAGUGGAAUUCAUUGUCGCAAUCUUGAAGACAGAAUGAGGAAGGAAGUACGCGUAAAUCAGAUAUCCCUAGUUUUUAUUAAUUUCGAUAUU